AUGUUGAUCCAAUCGACGGCAACCAUCAGUGAAAUACUGAAGAAUUUGUCGGUUUAUAUACAAAGCUCUUCACUCAAUGACAGGAAAAUUAUUUUCGAUCAUUUGAUUCAAUUGAUUGACACCAAAGACAUCGAAGAGACCACAAUCCGUGGAUUAUUUAAAGUAAUAAUCAUUACGUUUAUGAGAUAUAAUGACACGAAAUCCAUUUCGUUAGUCAAACACUUCGUGAGCCAUUUGCUGAAGAAGUAUCCGACCAUCGGUUCCAAGCAUUUGAUACUCUGUUUGCAUAGCUAUUGUCUGCAAUUAAAGCAAUUGAAUUCAACCAAAUCUAUAGCCAGGGUCUGUUUGUCAGCCUUUAAACUAAGCAUUUGUUUGGAUUGGAGUGAAUGCAGUGAUAAUGAGAUCCAAAGCAAAUUAAUCGAGAGUCAGUCCAUUCUGUGCGCUCUUCUCACUGCCACCGACUCAUCCAAUAUCAGAGACCAGGCGUACAACAAACUCAAGACAUACUGGAAGUGUACGCCUAUCGAGGAAUAUGCGGACACUUUAGCCAAACUGUCCACUAAUAGUGAUCCCAGUCUUGCCCUCCAACUGACAAUUCUGUGGGAUUUUGUGAUCAAAUAUUUAUCGGAACUGAAAUCAAUUGAUGCCAUCACUAAGUAUAAGCCCGUAUUUAGGGAUCUAUUCCUCAAACACAUCAUUGGCUGCAAAACAAAGCUCUCGAAUGACAUAAUAUCUGUUGGUUUUAAAUAUCAAUUGAAACAAAUAACACACGAAGACUUUUCGCAACUCUUUUUGCCGGCCAUUCAAAAAGCAGUUUUGCGUAACGCAGAAGUGGUCCUCAAUCUAAUUGGUGUCAUCUUUAAAGGUCUGUCACUCGACUUGAGUCCGUACGCGGCAGACAUCGGCAAACUGUUGGGCCUUCAGUUGCACUCAAAGGAUGACACACUGCGUGCGGAAGCCAUUUGUGCGACAAAGCAUUUGGCCCAACAGUGCUCCAACUCGUCGGCCAUCGAAGGUCUUCUCAAACACUAUUUCGCUGUUCUUAACGGAAGUGAAGGCAAGUUAACGAUUACUGUCCAGCGUUUGGGUGUCGUCUCUGGAAUCGGAGCCCUCAGUCAGCAUUCAGUGAGUGGUGAGGCCCAGCACUUGAGUGAAGUAGCGCUGGAAUCAUUUGUAACGGUUCUCAAGCAAGAGGUUCACGAGCCCACUAUCCUCCACAUGACGGCUCAACUUCAGCUAUGGUGCAGUCGAUUGGUAUCAGUAAUUCCCAAAGUCUUCAUCGAAUGGUUCAAAGCAUUGCAAACAUUGAAGACAUCGACCGCUUAUGUGAAAAGCGCUUAUAUAUCGUGUUUGAACUCAGCUUUUAAGCAAAACAUGUCAGAACAGGCCAGCGAUGUCUUAACCAUUUUGACAAAUUCUGCCCAAAAGUCAUUCACUGCUACCGUUUCCCAAAUGCCGAACCUUACUGAAGGCCUUUACGCUAUCUAUCUGUCACUGAAACUGUUUACUCUCGACAAACAGUUUGAAACAAAAUACAAACCAUUAUUUAAUCAGAUGUUUGACACCCAAAAGUUGGCCUUUCUUUCGGACAAAUUCAUUAGUUCGGCGAAUGAAGAGUCACUUCUAAUGUUAACUAAUUUUAUCGAUUGUCUUGUCUUUAAUUACGAGACAAAACUUGACUCAAAGAUGAAGCCAAUAAACAGAGCGCUGAUUCUGUUGAUGACUCAUCCCAUCUCUUAUGCCAUUCGUAAACAGGCGUUCAUUACGACCAAGAAAUUGAGCGCCAAUUCAAUCAACGAUAAGUUUGCCAUUGAUUUGAUUCGAGAGUAUUAUUUACUUUUUAAAGACCUGAAAGACAUCCAAAAAGACAAUUCAAACAACGAUGAGAGUCAGCCGAUCGCAGAAGUGACGAAACAGCCAUCAGUUUCGGCACUAAUUGAAUGCCACAAUUCGUUGCUUUCGUACUGCAGUGAUGAACGACACUUGAAAUCACUACUUCUUGUGGCCUUAUCAUCGGCGCAUAUAAACCCUAUUUUCAACACUAAUCCCAAUCUUUGGUAUAAUUUAUUACAUAAGAGAAUAGAUCCCAAACUUAUAGACCAAUACAUUAAAGACAAUAAAGAAACUAUUGUUCAGACAGUCCUUCGAGAGAUUGACGACAUAUCAGUGAAGAGAAAUGCAGUCAAAGCGCUGGUAUGUCUGGCGCCCCACGACUUCAUCCCAAUAUUCUUGAAUAAAGCUGUCAAUACAUUAUCGAAACCAGACUUUAAGAUAAUAACUCAAAUGGAUUACGAUAUCUAUUUAACGAAAGACAAUGAAUUGUAUGACAAAUCAGUAUUGGAUUCAAUUCAUAAUGAUUCGCAAAACAAGAACAUCAAAAGAGAGUCCAAACUGUACUCAUAUAAGGAUCAGAUGGAAGAAAUUGAGCUCAAAAAGGAAUUGGAGGCCAAGAAGAAAGCUCAGGGAGAGUCCAAAGGCCCACAACUGUCCAAAAAGCAAUUGGAAGCCAAACAGCAACAGCUGGAAAAGGAGGCACAGAUUCGCACCAAAUUGACCACAAUUUACAAUGAGUUCCGAACAGCAGUUGAUUUGAUUGAGUCCAUAGCCGUCAGUAACUCGAAUGCCAUCUCCAACUAUAUCAACGAUGUGUUGUUUGCAUUAAUUAAUUUGUUUUCAUCACCACUUUGUUCGCAAUACUCGACUAAACUGUUUCUCGAUUUGCGUAAAGCCUUAUUCAAUCAAAACGACUCCGAUUUGAAGAGAUUCGGAGAUUCUUUGGCUUAUCUUACGUUAAGACAACUCAAACCCUUCAGUCCGAUCGAUGAGCAGUGGAUCACUGGUAGUCUCGACGAACGCGUAGAGAAAUUGAUGACUCAAUUACACAAACGGACGUGUCGUCCGACGGGACGGGAUUAUGACGAAAAGACGGCCCAAAUGGCCAUAAAGUUGCGUUUGACUGCACCCGCAUUUGCCUAUACUUUCCCAUUAAUACAGAGCUUAUUAUUGAACGGUGAGACUAGCGAUGAUUUACUGUUGAAAUGUCUGCAAAUAGUGUCAGAACACACGCAAAUGAGAUUCAGUUAUGGUUUGGAUGACUUGGACGAUGAGAUUGGACUCAAAGACCCCAAGUAUUUGCCGAUUAAGUACAUGUUGGACACAAUCAUUAAAGUGAUCGCAAAGAGUCCCAUACAUAUCGAGCAGAACGCAUCCAAAGUGCUGUUAGACAUAGCGAUGUCGGCCAAUGGGGACAAAGGGUGUGCCAGAGCCUCGUUUGAUGAGAUGAACACUCUUUUAGAGGCACUGAAGAGUAGUGUGGAAACAGUGCGGAGUUCGUCACUCAAUGCUCUACAAGUGCUGUCGCAUAACGUGUUGGUCAACAUAAGCGACGAAAAGUCGAAGUUUGUGUUAACCCACAGAGUAUUUGUCGCUCAAUUCGAUCCAAACGAAGACUGCUCGGGAAGCGCUCAACAGUUGUUCACUGAUUGCCGGUUGAGGACAGGUGUCUCUCUUUGCAAUGCUUUAUUGGAAGAUAUAAUAAAUGGUAACCAAAUUCUAAGACAUUCAGUGGCCGGUGCUAUGGAGGCCUUGCUCUCGGAAUAUCCCGAACAGACACCGAAUAUAAUAAAACAAUUGAUAAAUAUCUACAAAGAAAGGGCUAAAGUGUUACCUCCUUUGAUGGACAACUUUGGUCGAGCCGUUGCGAACAGUCAGGUGGAUAACUACGAGCCUCGGUUAGGUGUUGCUCUCGUAUUGACACAAAUCGCACCAUUGAUUCCAAAAGAGAUAAUCGAAGAGUUGUCGCAUUUCUUUGUUCCCGAAGCGCUUGGCGAUCGCAAUGAGAGCGUCCAGAGCCAGAUGUUGGAGGCGGGCUGUGCUCUCGUCAACCUUCACGGCAAAGACCACAUAAAUCUGUUGCUCAAUGUGUUCGAGAAGUUCUUAGACGAGGCGCCCGACACUUCAGAUAACGACGCCGUCAGACGCAGUGUUGUUGUUCUCAUGGGAACUCUUGCCCGACAUAUCGACAAAGACAACCCCAAAGUGAAGCCAAUUGUAGCCAAACUCAUCGAAGCCCUGUCCACACCGUCGCAGAUGGUUCAGGAAGCAGUGGCCAACUGUUUACCCCAUUUGAUCCCAGCAUUCAAAGAGGAGGCGCCGUCUUUACUGCAAAAGUUGAUUCAAUUGCUUCUCGAAUCAGAGAGUUAUGGAGAGCGGAAAGGCGCCGCUUAUGGUAUCGCAGGUAUUAUCAAAGGUCUGGGAAUCUUAUCGUUAAAGCAAUUGGGAAUUAUGGACGCAUUGACGGAUGCCAUUCAGGACAAGAAGAAUCCCAACCAUAGAGAGGGCGCUCUCUUUGCCUUCGAGAUGUUGUGCUCAAUGUUAGGCCGACUCUUCGAGCCCUAUAUCGUACACAUUCUGCCACACCUUCUGCUCUGUUUCGGUGACUCGAGUACUCGUGUGAGACAAGCGACUGACGAUACGGCCAAACAAGUGAUGUCCAAAUUGAGUGCACACGGAGUCAAACUGGUGUUGCCGUCCCUUUUAAAUGCAUUAGAAGAGGACUCGUGGCGUACAAAAGCCGGUUCUAUUGAACUGUUGGGCGCAAUGGCCUUCUGUGCACCAAAACAAUUGUCUUCGUGUUUGCCAUCUAUUGUCCCAAAGCUAAUGACUGUAAUAUCCGAUUCUCACCCGAAAGUCCAGAAAACGGCUGCUCAGGCACUCAAACAAAUUGGUUCAGUCAUUAGAAAUCCCGAAAUCCAAGCAAUAGUUCCCGUCUUAUUGGAAGCCCUUCAAGAUCCGGCUAAUAAGACCUCCAAAUGUCUGAAUACAAUGCUGAACACAAAGUUUGUACACUUCAUAGACGCGCCGUCUCUGGCGCUCAUAAUGCCAGUCGUGGAGCGAGCCUUUCAGGGCCGGUCCACCGAAACCCGCAAAAUGGCCGCUCAGAUCAUUGGCAAUAUGUAUGCGCUGACCGACCAAAAGGAUUUGUCUCCAUAUUUGCCGUCAAUUAUUCCGGGACUCAAACAAUCUCUUCUCGAUCCCGUGCCUGAAGUGAGAGGUGUGACCGCCAGAGCUCUCGGUGCUAUGGUUAAGGGUAUGGGAGAGGAUAUAUUCGAAGACCUUAUGCCGUGGCUCAUGACAACACUCACAUCGGAGACCAGUUCUGUCGACCGGUCAGGAGCUGCGCAGGGAUUGAGUGAAGUUAUGGGAGGACUGGGUCUCGAAAGACUCGAGAAAUUUAUCCCAGAAAUGAUCGAAACGGCCGAACGGACAGACAUUGCGCCGCACGUGAAGGACGGAUAUAUUAUGCUCUUUAUAUACCUUCCAAUGGUCUUCACCCAAGACUUCACCAAAUAUAUCGGACGUAUCAUUAAUCCGGUGCUCAAAGCACUGGCCGAUGAGAAUGAGUUCGUUCGCGAGACAGCCCUCAGAGCCGGUCAACGCAUCGUCAAUAUGUACGCCGAGACUGCCAUUCAGUUACUGUUACCUGAAUUAGAGGGCGGACUCUUUGACGAGAACUGGAGAAUUCGUUUCAGUUCUGUGCAACUGUUGGGCGAUCUGUUGUUUAAGAUAUCCGGCGUUUCCGGAAAGAUGACCACAGAGACGGCCGAUGAGGACGAUAACUUCGGCACUGAACAGUCGCACCGGGCUAUUAUGGGCGCACUGGGAGGCGAUCGUCGCAAUCGAGUGCUCUCUGGUUUAUAUAUGGGUCGGUCGGAUGUGUCACUACAGGUCCGUCAGGCGGCUCUUCACGUAUGGAAAGUAGUGGUGACUAACACUCCACGAACUCUCAAAGAGAUACUUCCAACGCUAUUCUCUCUACUAUUGGGAUGCCUGGCCUCUAACAGUCAGGACAAACAACAAGUAGCCGCCCGUACUCUCGGCGACUUAGUCCGUAAAUUAGGCGAACGUAUUCUCCCAGAAAUUAUUCCAAUCUUAGAACAGGGACUUGAGUCUGACCGCUCUGACCAGAGACAGGGUGUCUGCAUAGGUCUCAGUGAGAUAAUGGCCUCCACUUCCAAGGAAAUGGUUCAGGCAUUUGUCGAUUCACUCGUUCCUACCGUUAAAAAAGCACUUUUCGAUCCCUUACCUGAAGUAAGACAAGCGGCCGCUAAGACAUUCGAUAGCCUCCACAUUGCAGUUGGUGUCCGAGCUCUUGAAGAGAUAUUGCCGGCGCUUCUGAACCAAUUGGGAGAUCCAGUGAAGGGAGAGUACACUUUAGAUGGCUUGCGACAAGUGAUGGCCAUUAAGAGUAGAGUUGUUUUGCCUUAUUUAGUGCCACAACUCACUGUUCCCCCCGUCAAUACCAGGGCCCUAUCAUUCCUCUCGUCAGUUGCCGGCGAAUCUCUGUCCAGACAUUUGCCAAAAAUACUUCCGGCACUUCUAUUGGCGUUGAGUAAUGCCAUCGACACACCCAACGAGAAACAAGAGUUCGAUUACUGCCAAUCAGUCAUACUAUCAGUGAAUGACGAGAUGGGCGUCCGGACUAUAGUGGACCACCUCUUGGAGUCGGCUCGCAAUGAGUCGCCGACAAUCAGGCGCUCGUCUGUUCUGCUGUUAUACGCGUAUUGCAGUCAAUCAAAGGCCAACAUAUCGUCAAAUAUAUCGCAAUUAAUUCGUGGUUUGAUUUUAUUGUUCACGGAUUCCAACGAACAGGUGUUGAAUCAGAGUUGGGAGGCAUUGAAUGCCAUCACUAAGAGUAUGGAAAGCAAAGAACAGAUGGAAUACGUGUCUGAAGUGAGAAACGCUGUUCGCUAUGCUGUGAGCGGUCUUAGAGCGAGCGCUCACAACGGAACGACUGAAUUAUUGUUACCCGGAUUCUGUUUGGCUAAAGGAAUCGCUCCCAUACUUCCCAUUUUCAGGGAAGCCAUACUUAACGGCAAUCCCGAACAGAAAGAACAGGCGGCCCAUGGGUUGAGUGAAGUGAUUGAACUGACCAGUGCUGAGGCAUUGAAGCCAUCGGUGGUGAACAUCGCCGGCCCUUUGAUCCGUAUUUUGGGCGAUCGGUUCACGUGGAACGUAAAGGUGGCUGUUUUGGACACUUUGUCACUACUUCUCGGUAAAGUGGGCGCUCUUUUGCGGCCAUUUAUACCACAAUUACAGCAAACUUUCCUCAAAGCCCUGAACGACGCCCACAGAAGUGUUCGCUUGAGAGCCGCCAACGCUUUGAGUCAAUUGAUUGCAGUCCACAACAGAUGUGAUCCCGUAUUCACUGAACUACACAAUGCAAUCAAGAGUAGUGCCAAUAGUGACGACUGGGCGCUCAGGGAUACUAUGCUUCACGCUUUACGACUUUGCAUAACACCCGCCGGCGAUAAGAUGUCUGAUUCAGUGCGCCGUCAGCUCACGUCCACAAUAGUUUCAAUGCUCGGGUUACCGGAUGACUCGUGUCGAUCUACUGCCGGCGCCUGUCUGGGCGUUCUGUGCGCGUGGCUUCCCAACGAUGAACUCAACUCUAUAGCGAAAGACCAUCUUUUGGAUGACGACCUCACUGUGGACUGGACUCUACGUCACGGGAGAUCUGUUGCGCUCCGGAUCUCAUUGAAAGAGGCGUCCAAUCGAUUGAUUAAAGAAGAGUGGAUCGAAAGGAUUUGCAAAACACUUAUAGCUUUCAUAAAUUCAGACAGAGUUCCGAUUGUGAUAAAUGGUAUGAAAGGGUCGGCGUAUCUCAUCAAACAAUAUCUCCUCAAAUCGGAAGUUCCGCCGCAAACGCUUCUCACAGCAUUCGCCAGGGGGAUGAAUCACAGUAGCAAUGAAGUGAAGCAAGCGGUCGCCAUUUCGACCACUUUUAUCUCGAGAACGAGUGGUGUAAGCAUUCCUCCGGUUCUCUUCAAGACAUUGGUUCCACUUCUGGUGAACGGAACAAAAGAGAAGAACUCAAUGGUUAGGGCUAACAGUGAACACGCAUUAGUGGCGUUCCUGAAGCUGAGAGCGGGUGAUGAGGUGCUGCAGACUUGUCUGUCGGCACUGGAUUCGGGUGCUGUUGAGUCACUACAGGACUGCAUCAAUAAGACACUGAAGAAGAUCGCAGCCCAACAGCACGAGCCUAAGGAAGAGGAGUUCGACGACUCCCUACUUAUAUAAGCAUUCAAUUCGUCAAAUGAUUUAUUAAUUAAAAAUAAUUAAUUAUUUAAAUAGACUUUUGUUAAAAUGAUUGACAAUUGUAAUAAAUUUCAAUUUAAUAAUAUA